AUGUUCGCCCGCGUCUUCGAUACAGCUAAACGGAUUUUAAGUCGCUCCCCUUCGGUGCCGCGACCCUCUAGUGAAGCACAAGAUAGCGACACCAGUGCCACAGACCCCAACAUCACCAUGGUCACGACACGAGGAGGCACAGAGACGCCUGGCGCAUCCACGCCGCAGAGCUCUGGCAGGAAGAGGAUUGGGAAGCGAGAGUUGGAGGCAUUAGAAACGCCGACACAAGUAAAGAGACAGAGAAAGAGUGGGCUGACACCUAAGAAGAAGGUGAUAGCAGAGACACCACCAGAGCCCGACACGCCCGAGGAAGAGUCUUCGGACACGAUCGCCGUCGCUAUACCCUCCCGCGACAGCGCUAAAAAAGCAGACGACUUACAAAUUCGCCGUCAUACGAGCCCCAAAGUCGUUGUUGCUAUGUCAGUGCCUCCUGCGUCUACAGGUCCAGAGAGCCCACAGCAGGCCGGCCUUCAUACACCCAAGAAACAGUCUGCAUCUGUGUGUACGACACCAGCGUCAACGAGAAAGUCGAGCGGGCGCAAGAAGCAGGUACAGACGGAAGAUGGACCGAACACAUUGGAAGUGACGCAGACGACAUCCAGAUUAUUAAAGGAAGCCCCAUCAUCGACGUACAAGAGCGAACAAGCGCCAAUUUCUCCUUUGCAGGAUGCUACCGCACCUGCAUCAUCACAGUCAAAGAAAGCACAUCUUCGAUUCGGAAGCGAAGAGCCCUCAAAGACACACGAUGCCGUUGUCAAUAACGAUGAAGAGCAAAAGCAUCACGAAGCGCUAAAACUCCCACAACAGCCCGUUGCGACCGAGGUAGACCAGGCCGAUGACGAUGCAAGCGACUCAGACGAAGCCCCGGAGAUUGUGACAGCCGUCGCAGCAACAACGAAGGCAAAAGCUGCCCAGGCUGAGGCAGACCGUGCUCUUCGCGCCCAACAGCUCGCAUCGCAAGCAAAGCGACAGAAACGCGAAGAUCGCAUCGCCGAAGAGCAAUCACAGAAACGGAUACGCGAAGAGAAGAAGGCGAAGAAGCUAGCUAGACAGCUAGCCAAAGAGCAAAGAGCAACUGCUCCCGACGACGACGAAGACGAAGCCUUGAGUACCCGCCCAGAUGUCCUUCGGAACAUAAAAACCAUACCCGCUCUUCUACCAGACUCCCUUCUCGAGACGAUCGAUGACCAGCGCCCGCUCACUCCGCCUCCCCAGCGCCGCGGCAAGACUGAGGAGGAGCUGCGAAAAGAAAAACUUAAUCACCACAUCAAGUUUCUAGAACGGGGCGAGAUGCCCGCCAAGGACGUGAAGAAGGGGAAGCUGAGCGUGGCGGUGCUAGGGCAGCAGAACAGAUUACUACCACCCAAGGCUAGCCAGGUUACGAGGAACGUCAGGGAGCAUUGGUUGAAGGGAAGGAAAGUAGAGAAGAAGAAGAAAGGUGGGAAAGCAAAUAUCAAGAAUGGCAAGAUGGAGAGAAGAGCGCAUGGUGGUGGGGGUUUCAUGAGAGGCGGGGAUGAUUAG